GCAGCAGGCACGCAUAGCUUAUCCCCGCACUGCUGCUCCGCUGAGCUCGUUUACGGCAUUGUACGUGUGUCUGGAUCAGUGCCGCACUGCUGCCCUCAUUCCUGAACUGCGCGCAGUCGUACCGCCAUGGCCGACGCCCCCAGCUGGCAGCCCCUGCCGCCGCGGCGGCGCAAGCGCCAGAAGAGCGACCCGACACCUAGUGUGUCCGCCUUCGAGCAGAAAGCAAAAGCCAACGCCGAGGCCGUCGCGGCGAACGUCGCGCAGCGAGCGGCGGCCAACGCCAGGGGACGACCCGAAGUAGCAGAAGCCACGAAGAAGGUCAUGCAUGGUGAUUAUGAGCAUUUAGAUCACACUGCGGACGUCCAGUUCCACGCCUGGGGGGUAGAUUUUGAGAAGGCAUUGGAGGCAUUAGGAUGCUGCUUGUUCGAUUACGUGACGGAAAUUGUGUCUAUAAACGAGACGGAAGAGGGCGCAAGAACCCAUGAAAUCGAGGGCGCGGACAUGAAGAAGUUCAUCUUUCGCUUCCUGGACGAGUUGUUGUACGCGUUUACUGGGGACGAUAUUGCGUGCCGGACGGUCUCCGUUAAAGUGCAUCAGCGCGAACCAAUCUUCAAGGCCACCGUCAGAACGACGGGCGAGAAAUUUGAUUUGGAGAAACAUCCGCAAGGCACGGAGGUCAAAGCCAUCACCUAUUCGGCAAUGCAGAUCCACGAGAAGCCUGAUCGGUGCGACCUGUACGUCAUCGUGGACAUCUAGGUAUCGGGCG